AUGAAUAUUAAUCACAUCGCAAAGAAGCCAUUCUUUGAUUUAUUCUAUAGAUCACCAUGCAUGGCUCUUAUGCUCAGAGCAGCCUUCCAUGAUGCUGGUACUUUCUGUAAAAACUCAAAAACUGGGGGACCUAGAGGUACUUUAAGACAUAGUCACGAUUUGGAUAGACCUGAAAACGCUGGACUUGAUUUUGCGAUGGACUAAAUUGAGGAAAUCAAGGAUGAAGGAAACCAUAUCACUGCUAUGCUUUCAUAUUCAGACUUGAUCUAAUUAGGUGGUUACACAGCAGUUGAGUAUACUGGAGGUCCAGUUAUGCUAUUCAGAAUGGGUAGAAAAGAUGCUGAAGAUCAUGAUGAGCACACUCCAGAGGAUAGACUUCCAGAUGUCAGAGAAGGAAGCAGCAAUAUUCUUACUAAGAUGCAUAGAAUGGGUUUCACAACAUAAGAAUUUGUUGCCUUGAUGGGAUCCCACACUCUUGGUUUCGCUCAUCAAGAUAGAACUGGCUUCCAAGGCAGAUGGACUCAAAAUCCCCAUGUCUUCGAUAACACUUACUAUAAGGAAGUGCUACUUGGAGAAAGAUCUAAGUUCCUCAAGACUCCUGUAGAGCACAUGCUUGCUCAAAAUUCUGAGAUGAAGAAACUUUGCGAGGCUUAUGCCUAAGAUUAAAAUCUAUUCUUUGAGCACUACGCCCUAGCUCAUGUUAAGAUGAGUGAACUCGGCCAAGAGGAACAUUUACUCAGUGAAUUUGAAGAGAAUCAACCAAAAUACAAGCUACCAGAGAGCUCAUACCUCUAGCUAAAUUCUUUCUCUGACCCACAAAAAUAUUGA